CCUGUUCUCUUUUCUGUGGUAGAAAACAGCAGCGAUAUUUCUUAAUGCGGUAACAUUACGUUCCUAGAGCCUAGUCUGCGAACUGUCAUAGCUAGCAGCGAAACAUUUAGCUCUGUAGAUGCCUUGAAAACACCUUGAAAUUGCCUUAAACGUAGCUUAGUUGACGCGUCGCUCCGCUUUACGUUUUGGACAGAAACCAACGCCGCAUUUGAGAAGCAAGCAAGACAGGAGCCAGCUGUUUACCCUUUUGCCAACUUUAGCACGAUCAGCAACCCGUGACGACUCUUUUAAACACAACUAAACCUAUUUAAUUAAAUAUCAAGACAAAUAAAGCCGAUGGAAGACAACCCUUUCCAGGACCCUGCAGUGGUCCAGCAUAGCAGCAGCACCGGAUAUGCCACACUGGACCUGUACAACCCUUUUGAUAAUGGGACUCCCGGGCCUCCACCUCCGUAUGAAGCCACUCCGCCCGCUGCCCCCCAACCUGUUCCCACUACAACUCCCCCAGCGAGGACCACACCCACCGAGCCUCCCCGCAACUAUGGCUCCUACAACAACCAGACCGCUGUAAAUGCAACAACGGCAGAGCUUCUGAAGAAACAGGAAGAGCUGGAGAAAAAGGCCAAAGAACUGGAGAGGAGGGAACGGGAACUUCAGGCUCACAGUCUCGGACCUGGAGCCGACCGACAGAAGAACUGGCCUCCUCUUCCCUCCUUUUGCCCUGUGGGACCCUGCUUUUACAUGGACAUCAAUGUUGAGAUUAGCCAGCGAUUUCAACGCAUUGUCACCAUCAUGUACUACUUCUGGAUUUUUUGCACAGUUAAUCUUCUGCUGAACCUGGUUUCGUCUCUUGCUGCGUUUUGCGUGAGUUCGGACACUGGAGUUGGCUUCGGCCUCGCCAUUCUCUGGGCUCUUCUCUUUACACCGUGUUCCUUCGUUUGCUGGUACAGACCUGUGUACAAAGCUUUUAGGAGUGACAGUUCAGUCAACUUCUUUUUCUUCUUUUUUGUUUUCUUUGCUCAUUGUGGGAUGUCUGUUAUUGAGGCCAUUGGGAUUCCCGGAUCUGGAUUCAGUGGUUGGAUUGUGAGUUUGGUUGGUAUGAGGGCGAAUAUAGGAGUCGGUGUGAUCAUGAUUAUCAAUGCCAUCCUCUUCAAUGCCCAGGCCGUGAUGGGAAUUAUUCUGUUAAAGAGGAUCCACAGCUUGUACCGGCAGACUGAUGCCAGUUUUCAGAAGGCCCAGGCUGAAUUCGCCACCGGGGUCAUGUCCAAUCAGGCCGUCCGUCAAGCUGCUGCCACGGCCGCUGCCAGCGCUGCCACCAAUGCUGCUCAGGGGGCAUUCACCGCACCCCGAUAGAUGGCGAGAAGGUCUGAUAUUUCGGUAGGAGGACAGCUUUAAAAAGUGGCCAUUGGAACUUUCACUCUAUAUUUAUUAUAACAACAGUGUCAAAAGGGGGGCAAAACUGGAGGAGGAAAUUGGAGGAAACUGGAGGAAAAGUGAAGGAUGGGUUGUGCAGUUAUUUCUGUGUGUUGGAACGAUGGAAAUCUAACACUGUUGUCAUAGCGAUUAACAAUUCAAAACACAAUAUGCCAUUGUUAGAAUGGUCAAAAGUCUUCAAAAUGUUGCCUAACAUUAACAGGAAGCAGUAACCCUUGAAUAGCUACAGUAUUUUGCCAAAUGUCAGAGGGUGGGGGUCUGGGUGUUAUUGAGUGAAACUUACAAAUAUGGCAAAACAACAUGUAAUAUUUGGCUUAAUUUAACAAAUUAAGUUUAGUUAAAUGGGAUAAUUCUUUUUUUCAACCACUCAGUAUCUGUUAAAUAAAAAAUAUUGCUUAAAACGAACUAACUCAGAAUGGGACCUAAUUAUACCAUUAGGCCCAUUAUGAAAUAAAAAUCCCACAUUUCAGAUUAGAAAUUGUAAUAUACUGGAACAGGAUGAAUUUGUUUUUGCUACAUUUUCUGAAAUAUUGAGCACCCCUAAGUGUUUUUUUUUUUUAAACAAAUAUAUAUAUAUAUGUAUGCAUAAUUAUGUGAUCUAGCCAUUAGAAACAUAAUUUUGUAACUACAGAUUUACCAUUUGAAUAUAAAGAAUGAGCAUAAUUAUUUAUUGUCAUAAUGGUGAAAAUUUGAAUGGGUUUUAAAUGCUGGAGAUGUACAGGAUGUGUAGCUAUAGGGCCAAUCCAAAAAUUCAAGGGGAGGUUUUAAAUACUACUUGCUGAAAUAAUAAAAAGUAUAUGUUUUUUUGUUAUGACAUAAACAAGUUGUGUGCCAAGUGAUCAAGUGCUAACCUUAUAAUUUUGUAAUAUUUUUCUUCUUUUUUUUUUUUUUGGAGAUUCUAUAUAAAGCUUGUAAAUAUUAAAAAGCCAACCUAACAUUUGACACUUGAUGCCAGUGCUAGUUCAAGUUUGCUACAAGCUUGUUUGUUAAUCUUUUCCUAAGUGAAUGUGUGGCAUAUUCUCCUUUAUUGCCAAAUCCUCUUAAACUGUGAUAUGUGCUGUUUUGUUGAAAAUUUCACUGUUUUGUUGAUGUGUAGUUAUUAUUAAAAGUCACUAUUUUGGUUUUAAUAAAUUGUAAUGACAUGCUUA